AGAGUGUCAAUAAUGUGAGCAGCAUUGAUCAAGUUAAUGUAAAACAGCGAAAAACCAAACUGUCCAAACUGAAUUUUCGUUGCAAUGAAUUGAACAUAAAAAAUGAACAAGAAACAAUUUUCCACAAAAAAGUUAAUUAACUAAUGAAAAUCUCUACUCAUUAUCAAACUUAUCAUCAUAAUUACCAUUGGAAAUGUAAUUAAACGAAAUGAAUCAAGUUUAAAAAUUGUGAUUGUCGCCAAAUGAAUUGCAUGAAUUGACUUAAAAAAUAGGUGAAAAGUGAAAAAGAAUUGAAAAAAACGAAAAAAAAAUGUUCAAUCGUUCAAUGAGUGUUUUCAAAGUGUCGAUAAAAUCACCUUUAAUCUGUGUCGAUUAACAGUUGUCAUACUCUAGCCAAAUGGAUAAACCAUUAUCGGAAUCACCUUUUCUUAAUUACUCGGAUUAUCCAUCCUCAUACCUGGAUUUCAAUGAAACUUUUACUGAAACGAUAUUCUUUAAUUUCAAGGAAUUUUAUGCUCCAAUCCAUGGUUACCUGAGUUUGGUUGUUUGCCUUUUCGGUUUAGUUGCCAAUGUACUCAACAUUAUCGUCCUUACAAGGAAAAAUAUGGUUUCACCAACAAAUGCCAUUCUAACAGGUUUAGCUGUUGCUGAUAUGCUGGUUAUGGUUGAUUAUAUACCAUUUUCAAUUCACAAUCAUAUACGCCAUGAGCAACCGCCAACUGAAUUGUAUUCCUAUCCGUGGACAGUUUUUACAUUUUUUCAUGCUCAUUUUAGCGUUGUUUUUCAUUCUAUAUCAACAUGGUUAACCAUUCUUCUAGCAGUUUGGAGGCUUUUAUCCGUCAGUUAUCCAACACGAAGUAGAACUUGGUUUACAAUGAGAAGCGCUAUUAUCUCCAUCAUUUCUAUCUACUUGAUAGUUCCAAUAUUUUGUAUCCCAAUGUACCUUUCCUUCACCAUUUCACCUGUCGAAGAUACAAUUGGUAUUUAUUAUCGGAUCGAUUGGAGCGAGUUAUCCCUUAAAAACGACAAGUUCCUGAAGAAUCUGAACUUUUGGGUUUUCAGCGUAGGAACAAAAUUAGUGCCUUGUAUUUUGUUAACUUAUUUUAGUCUGGCAAUAAUUAAAAUCCUGAUUGAGGCAGAUAAACGUAAAGCUCGUCUUCGCUCUUCAUACAACAAUAAUUCAAAGCCUGAUCUAUUAACACCAACAGCCACUGGAACUGGAACAACAAUCAAUGAUAAUACCAAUGAUAGUAGACGUUGGAGUUGUUCACCUGCCUGUGAUCCAGCAAGCACAAUUAACGAAGCAACAAAUAAGAUUGAAUUAUGCCAAUCCAAAAAGAUGAACAAUAAAAGUAAACGAGGUUCAGCAAGCACAGGAUCCCAGCUAGAUAAUAAUAACCUAACCAAUUCGUCACAACAACAACAUCUUCUCCAUCCAGAUUAUCCUCAUAAUAAUCCAUCUCCGCAACAUCAACACCACCACCACAGUCACCACCAUAACCAUCAUCAUGAGUCCAGUCAAGCCCAUGAUAGGACUACCCGUCUAUUGCUUGCUGUAUUAUUGAUUUUCCUUCUCACUGAGCUACCCGGAGGAAUAUUAAUUGUUUUAAGUGUCUUCCUUGGCGAGAAUUUCUUCCAAACAGUUUAUUCACCAUUAGGUGAUCUACUUGACAUACUUGCUUUAAUCAACAGUGCCAUCAAUUUUAUUCUCUAUUGUACAAUGUCAAGACAAUUUAGGAUAACAUUUAGGAAAAUAUUUUGCCAAAUUGGUGACAAUGAAGAAACCGAUAUUCUUGCUUCACGUCACAAUGUAAUUGUAAACAAAUCAGCAAAUCAUGUUAUUUACAGAAAUGGUAAAAGUGAGGUUACCUUUGUCUAGUCCCAUUAUUAUUAAUCUUUGUUGAUGCUAAUUUAUGUUUCCAAUCAAUAUUUAUAAUUUUA